AUGAGAAUGGCAGAACGUACCAUCGCUACAAAGACGGAAAAUACCAUCUUCCAAAUGACCAGAUUAGACCUCCAGCACCACCUUUUCCUCCUGACAUUUGGAGAUAAACUCGGUCUUGCUCCGCCGAAUGACCCUGGUGCAAAGGUCGGACGCGUUCUCGACGUAGGAACGGGAACCGGGAUAUGGGCCAUUGAUUACGCUGAUGAGCAUCCAGAAGCUGAGGUUUGUUCUACACUGGCUGAUCCUUCUGGACCCCUAUUAACUGCGCAGGUCAUUGGGGUUGACCUCUCGCCAAUUCAGCCCGCUUUCAAUCUUCAACCUGGCGGCUACGCCGAGUUCCAGGAAAUCGGUGGUAUAAUCGUCUCCGAUGACGGGACUCUCACCCCGGACCAUGCCCUCUCCAAGUGGUGUAACCUCCUCGGGGAAGCUUUUACUAAGCUCGGGUGUACAUCCAUCGAGUUUGACAAGAUCAAAGCUAUUAUGCAAGAGGUCGGAUUUGACGAUGUCGUCGAUAAAAGGUUCAAGUGGCCUACUAAUCCGUGGCCUCGAGAAAAGAAGUAUAAAGAGUUGGGGACGUGGAAUUAUCAUAAUUCUUCGAAUGCUUUGGAAUCGCUGACCUUGGCGUCUUUCACGAGAGCUCAUGGAUGGUCACGCGAUGAGGUCAUCAGGUUCCUCGUUGACGUCCGGAAGGAUCUGCAUGAUCCUAGUGUUCAUGCUUAUAAUCCCAUAUGUUCAAUUUCUGGAAAGAAACCUGAUCUUUAA